GGAUUCGUGUCAAAAAACUUGAAAAUCUACAGAACGUCGUCGUCGACUGGAGUUUUUCCUGUUUUUCCAUCGUUUCAACCACUUUCGCAGCGAGGUGGAAAAUAGUGGAAAAUACAGUCGACUGUUCGGUAAUCGGUGAUCAGGCGAAUGUGGCUCGGUGCUGGUGUGUAGCAUUGCGAGAUAGUUCGCUUGGAACGGGCGACAACAUAAGCAGGGAAAAGAGAGUCAUUCGCCAUACCCCAAAACGCAACCCGUCCAAGUCUUCUUUUUUUUGUGUGUGUGCUGUGAAGGGGUCACCGAGACGAAACAGUGUGGUGAAAAGUGUUUUCCGCCUGGGUUGAUCAAACCCAGUGCAGCAAAAGGGGCGUUGGCGGACGGGUGCGGAAAAGUACACCAACGCCAGAAGUGCACAACAAAACCCGUUCGGGUUCCUGUGGAGGCUUUCGGGCUAGUCGGAUAAAAGGUGUUUCGUCCAUUUUCUGGGCUUGGUGCAUGCAAGUGUGUUUGGAGUGUUUUGGAGGUGGUGGUGCAAGUGUGGUGCAGGAAGGGAAAGGUGCGUGCGUAGGAGCCAAGAGACGAAGGAGUGCUGUGCGUGCGUGCGUGCGUGCGCGCGCGUGUUUGUGUUUUGAAGCAAAAAGGAUGAAGCACAUCCCUGUGUCCCUUGGCUGCACCAGCAACAGCAGGCAGUAGGAAGCAUCGCGCACUUCCCCCAGGGACGGGUAUGUGUGCAAGGUACGACGGAAGAAGGGGUUGUGAAGCAGCAUUCAACGCGUGAAAGAGACGGCAAACAAACUUUCUUUCCGUGUGGUGGAGGAGCGCAUUGCUGCUGCUACUGCUGCUGCUGCGAGAGAAGAAGAGUUUCGGAAACGCGUUUCCCCCCUUGGUGUGAUCGAAAAUCACCAUCAAUCGACACGACAAAUGGUUGCUAGUCAAACAGUCAGAAUGUAAACAUGGCCUACAGAUACUAAACACAAAUCGCCCCGUGAAGCAGCAACACCAGCGACCUUAAACGGGUGGACCUGUGUGACAGUGGUGCUGGAGGUGCAGUGUGUGGUGUGUGUGUGUGGUUGGGGAUCAUUCCUUUUGUUUAGCGAAGCAACCCCGGGCAAAUGGUUUGAAGCAGCUAGCAGUUUCGUUAUAUCGUCCGUAACAAAUAAUAAAUAACGAUAGCCAUAAAAGAAACAAGGGCAAAACCCUUCCCCAAAGCAGAGUUGCCGUUUCGAGAGAGAGUGUGUGUGAGUAUGUGGUGUAGCGGAAUCUGUGCGUGAAUAACUGCUGCUUGCACAAAAUUAUCAUCAAAGUGGGCGAGCAAAUUGUGUUCGUGUGUGUGUGUCUGUGUUAAGGUGUGUGCGGCAGUACUGCUUUCUUGCGUGUGAUUCGCGGUAAAAGGAUAGCGAGCAAAAUUGUUCCUGCCAUCAAUUGGAAAGGAUGAUGAUGUGCUUCUGAUUACGAUUUGAAUUACUUCGCACGGCUUCACAGAUAAUAGAGGCGAAUAAGAAUGCUUCUUGCAAAAUAAACAAAGAAGCUCCGACUGUACCGCUAGUAUCCAUUCAACAUCAGGCACGUAAUGAUGUGUUAAGUAAUAGAUUUUUCGAAGAACGAACCAAUUCUGGCGUGGCCUCAACACCAAGACGAUGGAUAAGCAUCGUUGACUUAUAUCCGGGUAAUUCGUGGUCACUGAGCUGUCUAAAAGAAGCGGUUUUUGUGUGCAUAAAAUUGCUAUCAGCAACCACAGAGGCGAGGCGUCCAGCGAACGAAGGAAAACGUUUCGAAUCGAAGUAAAGAUGUCCGCACAAUUGCAUUCAGAACUGCCCCCACGCGCCGACGACGACGUUGUUGGACAAUGAAUCCUGGUCUAUGGGGAUGCCUGAUACCUUGUGGACUGUCAUACUGGUGCGAGAGUAAGAGUGGCAGCGAUCCAUGCAUUACUACGGAGAUGGGAGCAACAGCGUCAACGGACUGUCCCGGCUCUAGUGGCGGAGUAGGAGGCGUAGGCGGAGCAGGGGGAGGUGGGAGCGGUGCAAGCGGAGCGGUCGGUGGCGGUGUUGGCGGUAACGGAGGCAUGCUGGGGCUGUCGGGGAUCACUUCGACUGCAGGUAUCACCACGACGCCACUUACAUCGGCCGGCGGUGGCUACGGACCAAUGUGUGGCGUCGGUGGAUCGGGUGGCCCCGGUGGUGGUGUGGUGCGCGAGCGGCGCAAAAAGGUGACCGGAUUCGCGACGCUGAAGAAGAAACUGAUCCGACGACGUCGCUCGUCGAAAGCCUGUGAUCAUGGUCGCGUGCUGCGCGAAUUCGUCUCCAGCUGGAGCCCGAUGGAACUAUCAGCACUGCUCGAGGAGUACGAAUCGCUCGCCGCACUGAAAGACCUUUCCGUGCAGGCGGAACUGGCCCGGCCACCAGCGACCACCUUCAAGCAGGAUCUAGCCAGCCUGUACGAUUUCAAGCACUGUACCGAUUGCGAUCUAGUAUUCCGUGGGACGGUGUUUCCGGUGCAUCGAGCGAUCCUGUCGGCACGAUGCUCCUACUUUCGCGAUCUGCUCGCUGGUUGUCCCGGGUACGGGGCGCGCAUCUGUCUCGAGCUGCGUUCGUCGCCGGUAGACGUGGCAAUGUUCUCGUCGCUGCUGCGCUACCUCUACACCGGGGACCUGUGUACACACGAUCCGACCAUAGAUGUAAGUCUGUUACGUAGGUUAGGAGAAGAUUUCGGCACGCCCAACCCGCUCGAGAACGAUCUGCGAUAUCUGCUGGAAACUGGCGAUUACGCGGACGCAGCCAUAGUAUUCACAUCAGAAGGUGGCGAUUACCAUCGGCCCGAUUCGGGUAGCUCAGAGUAUGGCUUUCGGCCCAAGCUGGAGCUGCCGUGCCACAAGGCGAUUUUGAGCGCACGCUCGCCGUUCUUCAAAAACAUGAUACAGCGGCGGACGCGUAACAUCUCCGAGGAGCAUCAGCUGCACGGGACGGACCGAUCACUGCACGCAACGACACGCAUCGUGCUGGACGAAGGCGUCAUCCCGAAACGGUACGCACGUGUACUGCUGCACGCCAUUUACCUGGAUACGGUGGACCUGUCGUUGAUACUGCGUGGCAACGGGUGUGGCAGCGGGGCGGGCAGUCUCGGAGAAGUGCAGGCACUGACGCACACGGGUCGUGCCAGACCGUCCCCGCUCGAGGAAGCAAUGGAACUGUACCAGAUUGGGCGGUUCCUCGAGCUAGACAUACUGGCGCAGGGCUGUGAGGAUUUGAUACUGGAAUGGUUGUCGCUGGAUACGCUGGCAACGGUGCUGCGCUGGGGCAGCCAACCGCACGGAUCGGCUUGGGUGUACCGACAGGCCUGCCACUAUCUGCGGGAAGAGUUCUCGGCGAUCGUUGGUUCGCCGGUGCUAUUUCAAUUAGAUAAAUCGCAACUCAUCGAAGCGCUGCAGAACAAUUUUCUGCAAGCUUCGGAGCUGGAGGUAUUGCAGGCGGUGCUAAAGUGGGGCGAACAGGAGCUUAUUCGUCGUAUGGAGGAUCGGGAGCCAAAUCUGCUGAGCCACACGGCACAUUCCGUCACACGAAAGGGCAUCAAGAAGCGUGACCUGAGCGAUGUCGAGCUGCGCGAAAUACUGUCUGAACUGCUGCCACACGUUCGCAUGGACCACGUUCUGCCACCGAACAACGAAAUCCUCAACCAGGCUAUCCGCCGCGGGUUGGUAAGCACACCGCCGUCCCACAUGAUCGGCGACGAACGGGAAAGCUUGCGCAUCAAUGCAUGGAUCCGUGGUGGGAAGAACCAUGGGCUGUUUGUGCGUCCGCGGCUCUUUAUGCCUUACUACGAGGAGGUGAAGGUGCUGCUGGAAGAUCACAUUGCGUCGCAGCAAAUCGAAUUGCUGCGGAUGAGACGCUCGCGCCAUCACAUGCCAGAUAUUCCGGAUACGCUGUACAUGGUUUCGCGGUUGAACAGCAACGCUGGCACAACGCUCGGUGGUGGUUCAGCAGCUGGGGUGGAUGUUGUCGCCGCCACAACCGCCCCCAUUCCCGCACCCGACGCACAAACAAUGGAAUCUAUGCAGAAGCGAGACCAGAAGCUGCGCCAAGCGCCCGGUUGCCAGCGGGCCCUAGCGUUACCGCUCUCAAGCCGUUCGGAGAUUACUCGACAGAUUCGGCUGCGAGUGGUGCGAGAGUUUAACUUUCCGGACGAGGUGGCAGAUCUGUUGGAAAGCGCCAACUGCUACUGCCAUGACGGGGAACCGAAUGGGACGAACAAUAAAGGGCCGUCGGAUUACGACCAUGACAGUCACCACCAUCAUCAUGCGCAUCAUCAUUCACACCAUCGGCACGAUCUGCACACCAGUCAGCAGUCGCUGGACGAUGAAUCGACGCCACCUCCUUCGCCCGCAAUGCCAGGCAGCGACCUAGAGGCACAGGCCGCAGUCCACUGCUUCGGACGCAAUAUGACAUUCCCUCGUCAGCAGCAGCAGCAGCAGCAGCAACCGCAAUACACUGCUCAGCAGCAACCGUCGGCGCACCAUUCACAGCGCCCCUCGAUGACGCCGCACUCAAUGCUAGCACACGGCGUGCACGGGUCUGGUGGUACCGGCAACGGUGGGUCCGGCCCUACCGGUCUCCAUGCGUCGAUGAACAAUCCACUCGCGUUGAUAAGCGGAACGCACAGACGGCAGGAACUGCCCUCGGUAAUCCCGGGUGGAGACAUCGUCGCGUAUCGUCUCUCAGCCCCGGCCGGUGGUGGAGCGGUCGGUCCACCGGGAGGAAUCGGUGGCGGUGGAUUGGAUUUGAAUGAAAUGGGUGCAUGCUCGGAAGGCCAUCUGUCAGAUGUUAUGCCAGAUGUUGCUAUGGCAACAGCUUCCCUUGGUCAGCUACAUCUUGGUGCAGGUGGUGGGGCGGCUUCCGGCAGUGGUGCAGGCAAUGGAUCAGAUGUUCCGGAAAGUUUGCAUUUGGAUUUAGGAGAUGGACCGAGUCACAUGAUCGGUGGUGGUGGUGGUGGAGGUGCUGCUGCCAUUGGUGGCCUACAUCACAAUAUUACGCACCAUCGUAUGACACCAGCAACUACGACAUUCCAUCAUUACAUGACUCGCAACCUACUGAAUCCUAUGCAUCCAUCGACAUCCCAGCAAUCGACAUCACAAUCCCAGCAACAGGUGGUGCAUCACUCGGCCCUGCAACCGUCUGCCUCAUCGUCAUCGUCGUCCUCCUCAAUGCUGCUGGGAGGUCACACCGCUUCCUCCCAGCUGCACGGAUCGCAAGCAUCUCUAUCACACGGUGGCCAACAGCAGCAGCAGCAGCAACAUCACGGCUCACAGCAAUUGUUAAAUGUGGGUGGAACUGCAGCACACCCGCAACAGCAACAACAGCCACAGCAGUCGGCCCAGCAACAAUCACUGGCCCAGCGGUCUUCCUCGCCGUAUACGUUGCAUCGUGCUAGCCCGAGUUUGCCCCAUAGCUCAUAUCACUCCGGACCACCGCGAUUCUUAUAGAAAAGGCUGCACGUUUAUCCCGAUCGAAAUUGCCUCUUCGUAAUGCCUUUCUAAGAACAAACAAAAAACAAAGCGCGUACACUCGCCCACACAAACACACCGAAAACCACAUAAAAAUUAACAAAAAAAAAAGAAGUGUGAAACGUGAAAGAGAGAAAAAGGGGUGCGAAAAAGGACACUGAUGAACGAUUAAAAAGUAUGGCCGAUGACGGUUCUGUAAAGCCAAUCUUGUGCGAACAGUGCAGUAGAAUGAUAUGAAGAGAAGGAUAUAAAUAGUAAUAAUAGAACGCGGCACAGUACGAUAUUAUUGGAACAAAUUGCAUUAGUUAAAGCGAAUAAUACUAUGGUUGAUAAUACCUUACCCUUGCAACUAAGCGCAACUCUCACAACAAAACGUACAUGACGCAGAAGAAGAUUUCUCCAUUGAGUAGCAAUGGAACGGGCCAGCAGGAAGCGAUCAGUGUGUGUAGGAUCAGGAUGGGUAAAAGGGAGUAAAAGGACAACCGUCGCCGUUCAACCCAACCAGUCUGAGGUGAAGCCGAGACCGGCUCAAGAAUAUGUGACUUUAUACUAAUUACAUUGAUACAAUUACCCACUUAAUGAUUAUGAUGCUAACCUCAAGCGUUGGUUACACACGAAUUCCGAUGCAUCCUUCAUACUCGAAUGAUCGAACAUCAUUACAGGUGCAUAACGAUGCUGGUUAGAGCUUUUAGGAGAGCUAUUAUCUUUCCAACCCGGGUGAACAAAAUACUCUCGUACGAAAUUCUGAAAAUGCCCGACUGUGCAACGAACGACAUCUGUGUACAGCGUACAGCAGAGUCGUUCCCAGCCUCGAACAAACCGGGCAAACACCAACCAGUUACCUAGUGUCGAGUGCGUUGAUUGUCGUUCCGAUUCCCAAUGUACAAAAGCAGCAUUCGCAUUGCUCAACAUCGUUGUCUCUGUAGUUCGAUAAAUAUCAACAAACGCGGACAACAAUCGGUCUCGAACGCGGUUCACAUAAGAGAAGUGUUUUCCUUUCUUCCUCCUUUCGAAACAAGAGUAUGGAAAUUUGUAAUUGUAGCAGUACUGUAUAGCGGGCGAUGGCUCGUACGCAAAUUGAUCUUUACGGGGCAGUAUGUUAUGACCGCCGGGCAAAGAUGUGAUCGACGUAGUUAAGAUAUAGGUUAUUACGAUUGCUAUUAUUCGCUUCUCUCAGUUACGUACAAUUCCUUCAGUACAUGGAAGAUGGCAGUGCCGCUUUUUAUCUUUAUACCGUGUUAUGAGUCGUUUGAAGUUUUGCAAACUAAAUUUUUAUUAUUUAGUAGCGUGUAGCUUAUUACUCAUUAUUUAUUUAUCAACUGUUAGCGCAAUUAAGUUUUUAAGGUUUUGUUUGUUUGGCGGGUGUCGAAGCUGUCUUUCGCACACCAGCAUCAGAACACAAAAACAACGUCUGUUAUUUGAAGAGAAGUUCUUUUAAGAGAGAAGCGUAAUAGAAGCCAGCCAGAAGAGUACACUUUUUUCUGAGUGUACAGAUGAUAUUAAUUUAAUUCACGAUUCAUUUGAUCAUGUCAUAAGCAGCGGAUCACAGUGGUUUUCGGAAGCAAUGUUUUAUGUUCCUUACGAAAGAGAUGAUAAAUUUGUAUAAAGAAGAACUCGCACACACGAAACACGAAGUACAGAGUGGAUGUCGUCUAAGCAUAAAGAAAACAAAAGCAUGUAGUAGGUGUGUACACCUUGAACCAAGGGGACAAGGAAAAGAGGAGGGAAAAAUAUGAAUGUUUCGGUUUCCAUUUUCCGCCAGUCCGAGGAAAAUGAAUUUGUAUCAUUCUGUGGGAACGAGAGGCAGGUGUGUCAGAUUUACACAUUUUGCACAUGUUGUACAUAUAAUAUUACUCCAUUCAUCUUUCGAAUCUGGGUCAAAACAAAGUAAGGAAAAUUACAGUUUACUACAACAAAUAUCUCCCUACUCUACAAUAGCCACAAUCAGACCGAAGGAAAGGACAAUGAGGCGCGAGGUAUCGUCGAACAAAAUGCAACCGAAUGAUGCUGUGAAGCUCACGGGAAAGUUACAAAAUAAAACCAUCGUUCAAUGAAUGCUGCCAAUAUUCUCUCGACACCUUCUUUAGGAUGAGGAGAACAAACGCAUAUGUCGAAUGCUGAAACGAUCAAGAUGUACUUGUUCACGAAAAAAAAAAA